UCCAACCACCAAUGCAUACAUUAACCAGCUCAGUCCAUAGACCCAACCUACACGACCUCCCCACUCCCCUCCUAGAACUCAUCCUCCUCUUUUCUGCCAACUCUGCACUAGUCACCGUUUCCCGCUCCUGUUACAAUGCGCUUGCGUUUUCGUCAGCCGCUCGAGCGUCAUUUCUCUUUGCUCGGCAUUAUCAGGAACCAGCUUGCGGUUCCUUUCUAGCAGAAUGCUCACAUUGGCAUAUCUGUACUCCUGAAGUGAUUCGCAUAUUACUGAACAGAUGCAGAGAAAUUGACUCGUCGCUACCUGCUUUGAGGGAUGCGGUUGUUGUGGCUGCUUGGGCUGGGAAAGUGGCCCUUGUGGCUGAAUUACUAGCAUUAAGUCAGCGUGUGUGCGGUUGGAAAUGGGAUGAUGAGGAUGUGGGUGAUGGUUGUGAGGAUACUUUUGCACAUGGCGGGCAACAAGGUGUUUCACCCCGCCAAGUGCGGCUCACAUACCCGAUUGUAUUGGAACAAGGCUUUAGGGCUGGAUUAUCACACAUUCCGGUUAUCAGAUACUUGGUCGAAGAGGAGAGGGCCACUGUGACGUCGUUCAUCUUGGUGCGGGCGGUCGAGUACGGAAAUUCUGAAGUUAUUUCCUACCUUGCAAGCAAUAUUACACAUGGACGGAACAGGGUGAUGUGUGCGGCUGGAGCUCGCGCCGCAACCCUCGGAAAUGUCCCUACUCUGUCCCUUUUAAUGAAGCAUGGACUCGAUUUACGCGCACAAGAUAACGUCGUCUUGUAUAGUGGCAUCCAGUCUGGGCAUCCCCAUGUUGUGGAAUUCCUUCUUAAAAAAGGUGGACUAUGUCCAAAUACCAUUUUUCGGGAAACACACGAAUCAGCAUUGGUCGUCGCAGCGGCGGCGGACAAGGUGGCAGUGUGCGCAACCCUAGUUGAAGCCGGUGCAGAUGUUCGAUAUCAGGCUGGCCUUGCACUAGCGGUUGCCGCAAAGGAAGGUAGACUGUCAAACGUUAUAUAUUUAUGCGAAAAUGCUGGUGCGGAUGUUUGGGCCAAUGGCGGAGAGGCUAUGCGAUUAGCUAGAAUCAAUGGCCAUAAAGAUGUGGUGACAUAUCUAACUACACAGUCAAGCAAUACCCGGGAAGAUAUUGUAUAGCUUUGUUUAGGCAUUUGGGUUUUAGUAGGAGACAUUAGUAGAAUGAUUGUGCUGAUGUCCACUGUGGCUGCAAAUUAGUACAGUGACAUGGUGAAUAAUAUCGUGAG